ACAUUUCGAAUCAGACGUCUCCCCUCAAAGAGGCGGACGAACAUCGUGUCCGAUGUUUAUGGCCAGAGUAAUCUAGAGAGAAUGGCUCUGUGUAUGGUUAAACUGCAGUAUUUGAGUUCUUUGCAUGUUAGUUGGCGAUGAUGAAGUCGAUCAAUAAUGGUUGUUCUGAGAGAAGGCAUGUGCCCUGGGCUGGAAGAAAACAUUGUCCGCGAUUUGCGUGCUGCCAACAUUACCACAGCCAGAUUCCUCUUCUCUUCACAGUGGAGGACUUGGUGGCGUCUGAUAGCGAGGAACUUGCCCAAAAAUGCUCUUUGUCCUACAAGGCGCUGUUGGCCAUCCGGCGAGUGCUACUCGCCCAGCACACCGCCUUCCCGGUCUCUGGAGCGGACCUCUACGAGGAGCUGCUGGGCUCCACGGCCAUCGUCUCCACCAGUAUCCCCAGCCUAGACAAGCUGCUGGAUUCAGGGCUGUACACCGGGGAGAUAACGGAGCUGUCAGGAGGCCCGGGGACCGGCAAGUCUCAGGUAUGUUUUGCGGCGGCCGUGCACACGGCACACCGACUGAAGCAGAGCGUGAUCUACAUAGACACGACGGGGGGGCUGUCUGCCAGCCGGCUGCUGCAAAUGCUGCAAGUCCAAACGGAUCAUGUUGAAGAACAGAUGGAGGCUCUUCAGAGGAUUCGUGUCUUCCGUGUGUUCGACAUCUUCUCCUUACUCGGCUGUCUGCACACUCUCCGGUGUGGUGGCCCUCAACAGGCCUCCCUUGGCGCGGGCUCUGUGAAGGCUGUGAUCGUGGACUCGGUGUCGGCCAUUAUCUCUCCAACAUUGGGAGGCAAACAGAACGAAGGCAUGUCCUUAAUGAUGCAAGUCGCAGGAGCCCUGAAGACCAUCGCUAAGGACUUCAACGUGGCCGUUUUGGUCACCAACCACGUGACGCGAGGAGCUGGAGGGGAGCUCCAGGCCGGUCUGGGUCUGACCUGGAGCCACGUCCCCCGGACCAGACUCCUGCUGGAGCGCUCCCGGGGCCCCGGGCCCCUGCUGGGCAGCACACGCACCGCCACGCUCGUCAAGUCCUCCAGACAGCCGUGUCACAUCAAAGCCCAGUUUGACUUGAACUGGGGGAGCGGGCCUGAAGAGGGGCUGCCGGGAAGAAAGCGAGCACGGGACUCUUCAGAUUCCUGACUGCGUUCCAACGACGGCAUCACCAGGAAGACCAUCCCUUAAAAGUCUGAACAAUGAAGCAUUAUGCAAACAAUCAUUCCAAACUGUAUGUGUGCUUCUUUGUAUGCUUUUGUUUUUCAAGAAGGUGGCACUUUAAUGUCUCUUUAUUUAUUUUUUUAGUUGAAAUAAGACUAAUAGGUUGCAGUUGGCCCAGGAAAGCUUCCUCUCAGAUUGUUGUAUUCAGAAGGCGGCAAUGUAAUUAUACCAAUAGUCACACUUUCAUGCUGUGGUGUUGAAGCAGGCUUCAGAAUGUGUGGAUUCCUCGAUAUGUAGAGUGUUCUGCUGCAGUAUAUCUUUUUGGCAUAUUUGAUGUGAUACACUCGCUGUGUGGGCCUGCAAAGUCUUGUCUUUCAGUUGCUUGUAAACUGUUACUCUCAAGAAAGACAAACAUUAAUAGAUUGGUGUUAGUGUAAUUGUUUAUUACCUAUAAAGGCAUUUUGGCUUAUUAUGCAUAUCCAAUACCAGCCAAAAUGUUUUGUAUCGAAUUCAUCUUGUUUCAAACGUAAAAAGACAAAACCAAAAAAAAACUAACAUUUCAAAGUAAUCGGGAUACCUCGAUGGACCAACGUACUCAUAGAUAUUCUAUGAUCUGCUCGAACAAGUCAAUUAUUACUUUCCUUGAUGCAGUUUGUUUUCUGAAAAUAUUUUCUACAAAAUAAAUGUGUUGAUAGUCAAUACCUCAUCCGUUGAGAUAACCACCAUACCCUCCAAGACUUAUACACCCCGAUCUCAGAGUUCAAUAACUGAGGCAAAAUAUAACAGUAGUACAAUAUUUUGGUACCAUGUCCUUUCAUUUUUUUGCGUAUCAAUGAAUUGUAAGGGAAGAAAAAAUGAUAUAUAUAAAUAGAUGACAACAUGAUUUAGUUCAUCCAUGGCACCAAGCGUUCCCUUCCCCUGAAACAGGGCGUCUCACACAGCGCUCAUUGUCCUACAGUUUAUUAAUACAACGCGCGGUUCGUAUACUACAUGGAUUUUGGUGACGUAUAAAAGGCGCGGUUACUGCGUCGGACCGGUGUCCCCAUCAGCAGGGGGGGACGAUGCGUCUCCUGCGUAUGCACUCCCAGACCCAGCCGGGGCUGACCUUACGAGCCUUGCUGUCCUCGCCGGGCUCGGCCAGCGUGUGUGUGGCCGAGGCGGCGUCGUACUCCGGCACCAGGUCUCCGUCGUAGGCCACGAAGUAGCGCCGGAGCUUGUCGUGGUCGUCCGUCGCGGGGGGCAGGAAGAGCUUCACCCCGGUGAAGAUGUCCAUCAAGGUCUGGAGAGGAAGCACAACCAGGAUCAGAGGUGGGAAGCCAAGCCCUGAACGUCUUGCAUUUUAACGACGAGGACGUGUGUAUACAUAUGGUUUACAGCAGAAUAUUAAUGUUAUUUUAAUCAUACUUGAGGCUGAAUAGCAUUGAAAACAUGCUGUGCAAAGAAACAUAGGGCGCUUUCCGCUUUGCUGAACGGCAAACCCGUUAGCGUUUUCCUCUGAAGCUAAACUACAGAACAUAUUUGCCUUAUUAUGAAUCUUUUAGGUUUCCUGUAGGAUAGGCUUCCCCCACAGGGGAAUAAGGAAUAUCAACUUGAUACCAAGAAAAUCGAACAACUUGAAAUUAAUCCUUUAACCCCAACCCCUCAUUUAAAAGGAUCCAAAAAAGCUGAUGAUGGGACUUUAUCAGAUAGAAUAAAUGAAUUUCAACCCUUCAUCAUACAGUCUCACUCAGAACAUGGUGUACACUGACCUUGUCCUUCCGCGGUUCCAACACGGAAGACGUUGCCUUUGGCUUGGCUUGUCCGUUGCUGUUACCGUUAGGGCUUUCCACCUUAAUUUCCAUUUUCACCUGGUGCAAGUUUUGGAAAGGUAUUCAUAUUCACAUAAUUAAACGGGUGUACUAUUCUAAGACACGUGCCAUUACAAUCAAUUCCUAAAACAAUCUUCCCACUAUACCAUUUUGCAUCUGGCAUAAUAAUAUGCAGUUUUUCUCCUACCAAUGUUUAGGCAUGGGUCGCUGAACACAUCGUUUUUGAGCCACUUAGUGAGCACAAGUGAUCAGGCUGGAUGUUGACUUUCAUGUAACCUCAUCUUAUUAAAAUGAAAUGCCUAAUGUACCUUUUUUGGACUGGGUCCCUUUGGAACCGGCGUGCGCGGCUCAGACUUCACCGCCUUGGCUUUGGCCGUGCCAUUGUUACCUGUAAGCACAAACACAUUUGUGUGGGGUAUAAUUGAGGACCUCGCAAUUAGGGCACCAACCUGUCCAAGACCCCUUUGCUUAUCACAUAAUGGCGCCCAGGCUACUGUUGCUCUGCCCAAACCUAAUUAGAACAUUAGCUUUUUUCAUUUCCUGUGUUGAAUCGUACCGUGAACUACAAUCAAAUGAUUACCCAGUCACCCAAGCCAACAGCCCUGCAAUUAUGCACCAUUAACCCCUCCCCCUACCCCCCACGCUCGCCAUUGUGGUGGAUGGCUCAUGUGGUCGGAGCGGUACUCACUGGUCUUCCUGGGUGGAGGAGC